ACUUGUAAAUAGUGUUCUGGUAAAUAAAGACAGGAAAGGAAGUCGUACAUUUGCUCGUAAAAUAAAUCAGAAUUUAAAUGUCUCGUUAAAGUGUAAGAAUAUGAUAGCGCAAAGUGAAAUAUUUAUUGUUAUUUUUUAUUUAUUGUCAGGUACAGUUUAAAGUGUUAAAUAAUUGUGUGAUCUUUCUAAGAUGAACUGUUGACUUUUCAGUGGAUUAAUUUAAUCUUAUUUCAAAAUCAGCGUUUGGAAUUAAAAAUUCAUGUGGCAUAGUGAAUUUUAAAAAAAAAAAAGUUUUAUUUAUGUAAUAUUUUGGAAAAAACUUGGAAUAUUCGAAAUAUUUUCUUAUGAUUUCGAACUCGAUAAUUGCUGUAUUUUGUGCACCUUUGAUUGCAUUUUCAGUGUCUUUUUCACAAUGUCGCGCAGAAGAUGAUUUUAAUGGAUUUUUAUUUGGAUGCAAAGAUGCUGAGCACAUUUGUCCAAAUAAAGACGUAACGUUUUGGCAUUACACAAGGUCAAGCCAAGAUAAUCCUACUGAACUGAAGAUCGUCAAAGAGGAGCAAGGGGCUUACGAGGAAGAUUUUGUAAAAAGACCCGUUAUUAUUCUGGUUCACGGAUUCACUGGACAUCGAAAUUUCUCACCAAAUACUGAAAUACGACCAGCACUAUUUGAGCAUGAUGACUACAAUGUUAUCUCUGUUGACUAUGAACCCCUUGCGAGGUUUCCUUGCUACCUAACGGCCGUUAGGAAUCUCCAAGUUGUGGCCAAUUGCACAGCUCAGAUGAUCGAUUAUCUUGUGGACGAUGAAAUUGUUCCUUUGGAUGCCUUUCAUGCCAUUGGCUUUAGUUUAGGAGCCCAUGUGGUUGGAAUGAUUGGGAAUUACCUGACGUCUGGUAAACUAAGACGCGUUACAGCAUUAGAUCCAGCGAAGCCACUUUUUAUCACUGCCUCAUCCAAAGAUCGCAUUGAUCCAGGUGAUGCGGAUUUUGUGGAUGUCAUCCAUACAGAUAGCUUCGGUAGAGGUCUCUUUCUACCCACGGGGCAUGUGGACUUCUUCAUGAACGGUGGAUUCAGUCAACCUGGAUGCUACAGCCAGGCAGAAAUGACUCCCGGCUCUUGUAAUCACGUCCGGGCUCCCAUCUAUUUUGCUGAGUCCAUCAACAGCUCUCGGGGUUUCUGGGGCUACAAGUGUCCCCAUUGGUAUGCCUACAUCCUUGGAUUUUGUCGGAAGUACGGGGAGACAGCCCUAAUGGGAUUUCACACACCAAAUGACACGCGAGGCUUGUACUUUGUCAGGACAAACAGUAAACCGCCAUAUGCCAAAGGUAACAGUCAAAAUGAUGAAUAUCAGGACGAUACGCAAGGACAUAGCACCUACAAUGCCUACAACGACUACGACUACAACAUCUUCAACGAUUGGGAUAAUGCCUUUCCCGAUUAUUGAUAUUUUCAUCCAAAAACUAUAUUUUAUACAAAUUACAUUGGUAUAAUCAUGAACCA